UACCGAAAUCCAAGCAACCCUCUGGCUCAUUACGACACCACUGCUGAGGAGAUCCUGGAGCAGUGUGAAGGCAAGGUCCACAUGGUGGUGAUUGGGUCUGGCACAGGAGGCACUGUCACUGGUGUUGCCAGGAAGCUGAAGGAGAAGUGUCCAGAGUGCAAGAUCGUUGGCGUAGAUCCCGAUGGCUCCAUUGUUGCUCUGCCCAGUGAGAUGAACAGGACAAACACCACAACCAUCGAGGUGGAGGGCAUUGGUCAUGACUUUAUCCCUACUGUCCUUGACAGAUCAGUGGUUGAUCAGUGGUAUAAAUGCAACGACAGAGACUCAUUCCUCAUGUCUCGCAGACUGAUCAGAGAGGAGGGAUUAUUGUGUGGAGGCAGCUCAGGCAGUGCCAUGUCCGUCGCCGUGCGGGCUGCCAAGGACCUGAAGGAAGGUCAGCGCUGCGUCGUCAUCCUGCCUGACUCCGUCAGGAACUACAUGUCCAAAUUUUUGAAUGAUAAGUGGAUGAUAAAAAAUGGUUUCCUAAAUGACGUCCAGGAGCACAAGCCUUGGUGGUGGAACAUCAAGGUACAGAAACUGAAUCUCUCAGCCCCUCUCAUUCUCCUCCCAGAAGUCAGCUGUCAAAAGGCAAUUGAGAUCCUCCAGGAGAAGGGAUACGACCAAGCUCCUGUUGUUGCUGAAUCAGGACUUAUUUUGGGAAUGGUGACCCUCAGCAACACUCUCACCUCAGUGCUGGCUGGAAACGCCGAGUUCUCAGACCCUGUUACGAAGGUCGUCUACGACCAGUUCUCAAAGAUUGGCCUGGAGGACAGCCUGGGAAAGCUUUCCUGCAUCCUGGAGAACGACCACUUUGCUAUCGUUGUACAUGAGCAAAUGCAGUUCAAUGGAAAUGGCAGUUCCUUCAUGAAGCAGAUGGUGUUUGGUGUGGUCACAGCGACGGACCUCCUCACCUUUGUCAGCAGAAAUGACAAGAAGUAG